CCGUGACAGUUUAUAUUUUACGGCCGAAAGUUACAGGGAAAACCUCGCACCUAAAAAAGAUAAACAGUGCAUGGAGAAUGGAAAGUGGUGCUAGAUAUCAAGUCCUCCAAGAGGAGGAGGAGUCUUCCGUACCAGCCCAGGCAGUCCCUUUGGCCAUGGUGGUAGCGCCUGUUCCACAACCCUCAGUUAUGGAACACAGUGAAGUUCACACAACCCCACCACCAGCGUACAAGGAGUCUGAUUUUAUCCCACCACCAUAUGAUGUGGCCACUAAACUGCCAAGUUAUGAAGAAGCAGAGAUAUCGAAGCAACAAAUGAAACAUGAUGAAGAAAGCAAUUCUUACUUUGAUCAAGUUUCAAGUGAACAGUUUGAUGAACUGACCCUUGGGACAGAUGGGAUAUUCAUGUGCACAUUUUUAAUUGCAUUCCUGUUCAACUGGUUUGGCCUGUUGUUUGCCAUGUGUGCAUCCACCACUAUAGCUGGUAGAUUUGGAGCCUUUGCUGGCUUUGGACUCUCUAUGGUCAAGUGGGUGGCCAUUGUCCAG